UUAGCUGGCUGGGCAACGCGAGGCUACGUUGCUUGGGACGUCACCGGCGGAAGGCUUGUAUUUUUGAAGCAUUGCUGGCAAGUGCCAACGCUGACGAAGGAGGGGGAUACCUUGCUGAAGCUGAAAGGUGUUGAUGUCCCAUUCGUGCUGACGUUGGUCUGCCAUGGUGACGUCGAGAGCCAGACCACAGUAACUCCGGGAUGCUGGGACAAAGAACGAGACGGAGAAGAGAGCACGAUGAAGCCACACACGCACUAUCGCCUCGUAGUGGAGGAGAUCGGUUGUCCCCUCGAUGACUUCAGUAACUCGAGGGAGUUGGUGCAAGUGAUACAUGAAUGUAUCUGUGCGCAUUGUGUCGCCUUCAAUGAUGCACAUAUUCUGCACCGAGAUAUUAGUGUUGGUAAUAUUCUCAUCAUACGAAAAACCAAAGACAGGGUUGUCCUUGGCCAAGGUCUCCUAAAUGAUUGGGACCUGUCUAAGGACACUGAGAUAAAGUCUCCAAGGCAGCGAGAUCGGACUGUGCGUACACUGUCCUUCCCGAUCUUCCAGUAG